GCAUUUUACCCAGAAAACCACAAUCUACAAAAGCAUUUACUCCCCAAGUAGCCGCAACUGUUUUCGGGGCAGGAAAACAGCCCCUGCAACUGGGAGAGGAAAGGGCAGGUGAACUCCGACGACUUGCUGGUAUCCCUCUUUCUGUUGUUAUUCUGUUCGAAAGUUGUGGCCAUGGACUUGGAGACCAAUUACGAAGUAGCCCGCGUUGCGGAAUUCAUUAGUAGCCAUCAAUUCACUAGAGUGGCUCUACAGUUCCCAGAUGAGCUACUGGAAGAUUCUAUGAGGGUUGUGAAAGCUCUGCGCCAAGAGCUUAAUUCAUCUGUGAAGUUGUACGUAAUGGCUGACACAACUUAUGGCAGCUGCUGUGUUGAUGAAGUGGGGGCGGCCCAUGUGAAUGCCGACUGCGUCAUUCAUUAUGGUCAUACGUGCCUCAGCCCGACAUCAAAACUUCCUGCAUUCUUCAUUUUUGGGAAAGGUUCAAUCAACACAUCUAAUUGUGCCAGAAAUUUGCUCAAGUACGGGCUGAAAAGUGGGAAGCCUCUUUUGGUUCUUUUUGGACUGGAAUAUGCACAUGCAAUACCAGAAAUUGAAAACCUGUUGGCAUAUCUUGUUCCAAGUGUAUGUGGAGGCAUAUCCAUGUUAGAACACCUAUAUGCUGAUGUAAGCUGUUCAGUUAUGAUGCCUUGUGAAACAUGUAAACGUGCUGUUGGAAAUGAAUGCCUUGCUGAAGAAACUAGCCAGCAUUAUAAGAUAGGAGGUCUGAGCUGGACAUUGCCCCGAGGACGGAAGAUGGAGGACUAUCUGAUUUUUUGGAUUGGCUUGGAAAAUCCAGCAUUUGCUAAUGUUGUAUUGACGUUCAACAGCUGUGAAAUAGUCAGAUAUGAUCCAACAGAAGAUUGCUUGAUGACUGAUUUAUCUCAGCAAAAAAAAAUCCUAAGGCGUAGGUAUUAUCUAGUUGAGAAAGCAAAGGAUGCCAACAUGAUUGGUAUCUUGGUUGGAACACUUGGAGCAGCUGGUUAUCUUCACAUGAUUCAUCAGAUGAGGGAACUGAUAACAAAAGCUGGGAAGAAGUCGUAUACUUUUGUUAUGGGAAGACCAAACCCUGCAAAACUUGCCAAUUUUCCAGAGUGCGAUGUUUUUGUUAAUGUCUCUUGUGCACAAACAGCUCUAUUGGAUAGCAAGGAGUUCUUAGCUCCUAUAAUCACCCCAUUUGAAGCCAUGCUUGCUUUAGACAGGGGAAGUCAAUGGACAGGAGCGUAUGUAGUUGAAUUCCAGGAUUUGAUUGGUUCAACGCCUUCUCUAACCAGGGAACAGUCUGAGGAAGCACGGUUUUCUUUCCUUCAGGGUACCUAUGUUGAAGAUUUGGAUCUAUCAGAUAACCUUGAGCCAGACAAAGAUGAAAUCCUUGCAUUAGUGAAUACCACGGAGAAAGCUCUGCAAGUGCGCGACAAGGACAGGCAAUCCGUCAUCAAGAGUGUCGCAAAAUCUGGGGCUGAAUAUUUUGCAAGUCGAUCAUAUCAUGGUCUAGAUAUUAAUAGCACCAAUCCCCUUCCUGGGAAAUUUUUGACUGGGAGAAGUGGGAAGGCAUCAGGGUACAAGGAUGAGAAGACGGAACAGUAAUGGCUCUGGUCUAUCCUGUCGAUGAAACGAUGAAGUGAGAAUGCUUUGCCUCAUUUUGAGCACAACUUGGGUAGCUCACUUUGUGCAAGAGCUCUGGGCCGCAGGAAGCAUAUAUGGUGUAGUUAGGAAAAGCCAGAUAGAUGUGUAUUAUGCCUACUUGGUAAUGUGAUUUAUGGCUGCGUAAUUCGUUACACUCCCUGGUGUUAUGUAAAAUAACUCUAGUUUGUCCUAUCUUUCCUCGCUAUCAUCUUCACUAUCAUGGAUCAUUUCCUCUGGGUUCAAUGCCUGUUUUUGGUAUAUCUUUAAAAUCGACUAAAAGUCCGAAGAUGAUUUCACGAC